AUGAAAGUUUCGACUAUUGCCACUUCUUUUGUAGUAGCUGCAUCAUUUGGGUACAGCUAUGUUACUGGUGGUGCCUCAGGUUCUGCACAAGCUACACGUUACUGGGACUGCUGUAAGCCUUCUUGUAGCUGGAAUGGUAAAGCCAAGGUCUCUUCUCCUGUUCGGUCAUGUGCCAAAAACGGCGUUACUCUUAUUGGUGACAACGUUCAAAGUGGUUGUGCUGGUGGAGAUGCUUAUGUCUGUAACAAUAAUCAGCCUUGGGUUGUUAACGAUAAUCUCUCUUAUGGUUUCGUUGCUGCUAGUAUUCCUGGUGGCGGUGAAGACCGCUGGUGCUGUUCUUGCUUUGAAUUUACUUUCACAUCUACUGCUGCUAAAGGAAAGAAAAUGGUUGUUCAAAUUACCAACACUGGUAAUGAUCCCGGAACCGAAACAGGCACUCACUUUGAUUUGCUUAUGCCCGGCGGUGGUGUAGGCCAAUUCAAUGGCUGCAAGCCUCAAUGGAAUGCUCCUGAAGAUGGCUGGGGUGUUAGAUACGGCGGUGUCUGGAACGCUGACAUGUGUAAGCAAUUGCCUGCUCAACUUCAAAAGGGUUGUCAGUGGCGCUUUGGUUGGUUUAAAGGCGCUGAUAAUCCUACACUUACUUACAGAGAAGUCACUUGUCCCAAGGAGAUCACUGAUGUCAGUGGCUGCAAAAGGCUAUGA